AUGUUCCCCCUCCUGGGCGCCACGACGCUGGUGCUGGUCGUCGGGACACCGUGGGUGUCGCCCGCAGCCGCAGAUGAACAUCAGCUGGAAUCUCCCCAGCAUGGACAAGUUUACAUCAUAGAUGACAACUUUACCCUGAAGUGGAACAGGACCAACGAGAUAAUCCCAAAUGUGACUUUUUCAGCAGAUUAUCAAACGUCUGAGAUGAAUGACUGGAUAGAAUUGCCCGGCUGUCAAUAUAUUACUGCUACCUCAUGCACCUUUUCCUUGCCCAACUUGAAUGUUUUUGAUGACAUUAAAUUCCGUAUAAGAGCAGAGAGAGGCAACAGCACUUCUGCGUGGCAUAUUGUGGACUCAUUUAUUCCGUUUCUCAAAGCUCAGAUUGGUCCUCCGAAAGUACACUUAGAAGCUGAAUAUAAGGCAAUAAUAAUAAGCAUCACGCCUCCCACGGGAAACAUGUGGCUUACAGUGAGCCCAUGGUUUAAAUACCGCGUGGUUAUCUGGAAAAACUCUUCAAGCACAGAAAACAACAAUCUAACGGUUUAUCCCAGAGAUACAAUUUAUGAACUCUCACCGGCGACUACUUACUGUCUAAAAGUGAGGGCAGAGCACCAUAGGCCGAGAAAGUUGGGCAUCUACAGCCCUAUCUACUGUGCGAUGACCAAAGUGGAAUAUAAACUGCCUCCACCGGAAAAUGUACAAGUUGAUGUUGAAAAUCACAACUAUGUUCUUAAGUGGGAUUACGUGCUUACAAACGUGACCUUCCAAGCUCAGUGGCGCCAUGCCUAUUUAAAAUGGUCUCCUGAGGACCAAUCAGGGGAAUGGAAACAAAUUCCUGGCUGUGAAAAUGUCAGAGGAACCCAGUGUGUCUUUCCUCAGGAAGUUCUUCCACAAAGAAUUAUUUAUUCACUCCGUGUACGUGCAAUGGAUGGAAAUAACACAUCCCUUUGGUCAAAAGAGAAGGAGUUUGAGAGUCAAAAACAAACUACCAUCCCUCCUCCAGUUCUCAAUGUGAAAACCAUGGGUGACGCACUGCACGCCUAUGUUGGACCCUCACAGGAAUCUACAGACCUGCAUGGCUCACUCAUCUAUGAAAUCAUUUACUGGGAAAACACUUCAAGUACUGAGAGAAAAAUUCGACAAGAAGGCAAUGAUUUUACUUUUCCUGACUUGAAACCACUGACCCUAUAUUGUUUCAAAGCCAGAGCACUCAUGCGUGAAGAGCCCAAUCAAAGCAGUGAUUUUAGUGAUAUUAUAUGUGAGAAAAUAAAACCAGGAGAUAUGUCCAGAACCUUGCUGCUGGUCACAGCAGUCUGCGCCGUCCUCCCUGUUCUCCUGGUUGUCACAUUGGUCGCCAAGCGCCUCCUGAAGUCCCUCUGCUCUGUGUUCUUCCCGUCCCCAAAGCCGCCUUCCAGCAUAGCUGAAUGUCUCUCCGAACAAUAUUUAGAGAAUAUCCUGCUUUCACCUUCUGAGGAGAAAACGGAACAGUGUUUCGUGAUUGAAGGCGCAACUGUGAUCCCUAGAGAGGAAGGCAUCAACAACACCAACGAAGAUCUCAAGUACAGUUGCCAGACGAGUCAAGAUUCGGGCAACUAUUCCAACGAAGAUGAAAGCAGAAGUAAAACAAGCACGGACUCUCUACACCUGGAAAGCGGCUGAGCAGAGAAGUGCCAUCUGCAACACUGAAUGUGGAGUGUUCCCCAGCUAGUCUGAGCUCCUCGCUCCACUCUGGAACCACGCAGAAGGGAACUCGCUUCCUGGGGAAGGGGAAAACACGUCUCCAAAGUCCUCUGAGCACGUCAAAGCACUUUGCCUGCUAAAGAGGGAACAGCAGGAACCAGGGAAGGCUUUCUAUGUUCCUGUCCACGUAUAAAAACUGGAAAAGCUGUGUUGGCCGUGACUUUGAAGAUUUCAGCUGCAGAAGGGAGCCACACGUAUCCCGAGCCCCGCCCCAGCAGCUGCAGGCAUUUGUGUCCCAAUCCCAGCGUGCUACUUGGUUCUGCAUUUCUGGAGACAGUGCAUCAUGAUUGUUUACCACCAAGAUAGGCCCAUUAGGGAUUUAUGCAGAGGUUUCAAACACCAUUGUCACUCUGUGCUUCACAAUGUCACUCGCCAUGAAGAGUAGCAAAAUGUUCGGCAGAAGGGCAAUGCUUAAAUCUGAGGAAAUGCCACCCCUGUAUCCUGAGAACAUUGACCCCUGCCCGUAGAUACUUCUCCUCGUAUGAGAUUAAAACCAGGUCAUCUUCAAGCUAUGCAUUUAAACUUCCUGAUGCCUGAUUUCACUGCACAGCAACUCGGGAGUGGAGUUGAUAACCGUUGACAUUCUGGAGAAAGGACUGUCUAACUAGAGCAGUGGCUGUUAGAGUUGUUGGUUACAGGUCCAUCACUGGGUGCACAAGGAGUCCUGGCACCAAAAUGGCAGUAGUGGCAAAGCAUAAGAAGAGGAGGACCUGCAGAGGAAAGCAGCAGGUAAUGAUGGAAAAGACAGAAGAAGGGUGUGUAUCGGCAGCUUCAGGGUUCAGCCCCUGUGUUUAGCCCAGAGCCUCACCUGUGCACCAUGAGUGCCACGGCCAGCCCCUCAGAGUUCUUCACGUAUGGGGGACUUGGGGCAGGGUGAGCAGGUGUAUCCAAGAAGAAAAACCUCAGUUUCCAACUAUAGGAUGCCUUCCGAGACACCCGGGCUUCCUUGAACUGGGUUAUACAUGGAUAUACACGUUCAUGGCCUUGAAGCCCAGCCUCUUCCAGGACCCGCGCUGGCUCCCAGCUCUCCUCUCCAUAGACAGGCCCAUUCUCCAGGCUGCCCUGACCAUUCAGGCAGGGGAGACAGGGCCACAUCCUGACCCUGUCAACAUCACUGCACUGAUUCAGUGAUCGCAGCCAGCAUUUCUGGCCCCGCAUUCCCACAGGGGAAAACCCAUCCCAGAUGGGGAUUCCAGGAAGCACGCAUGCCUUUACAGGGUGUGCAGAUGGAGAAGAGACUCUGAGGCAGCUGCUAGGCCCCAGGAUGUGCCAGGACACGACAACCAUCUGGGUUCUACCAGGACUAGAUCCCAAGUAGCAUCAGAAAUUUUGUUCUGGCCCCAUCUCUUAAGGUGUGCCUAGGAAACUCCAUCCCAGCCCACAGGAGGCGCUCCCUGUCACCUGCUUAGAGGCAGAGGCUUGGUUGGAGGGGACAGGGUAGGAGGGGAGAUGGAUGGUCUCUGUGAACAGUCGCGUUUACUUAGAAAUACCACACACUUGGAGGCAUCCAAUAAACUGUCUCCGUAAUGCGAGUAUUGUACCCCUUCGCAAUGCUGGCUGUCCUCUAAGGAUAUCUGUGAAAGACUUGUAUAAUUCAAGACAGAAAUGUUACAUUAAUUGUUAGCAUGAUGUGUAACUACUGUGUGUCAUUGUGUGUGUGAAUGUGGGCCUGUAAACAGAGGCAUACAUUCAAUAACCUACACAGGGCAGCCCAUGAUCUGGGCCUGAGCCCUGAGUAUUCCUUGGAUAUUCAUGUGGAUUCUAAUUAAAAUUUCCAAAAUACUGCUUAGGGACUAGGGACUGAAACUGGCACAGCAAGUAAAGUUGCUACCUGUGGCACCAGCAUCCCAUUUUGGUGCCGAUUUGAGACUCGUGUGCUCCACUUCCAGGCUGGCUUCCUGAAAGUGGCCUGAGAGAAGCAGCAGCAGAUUGCCCAAGUGUUUGGGCUGCUGCACCCUCAUGGAAAACUGGAUUGAAGUUCCUGGCUCUUGGAUUUGGCCUGACCCAGUGCUCACUGUUGGUGCCUUCCAGGGAGUGAACCAGCAGUUGGAAGAUACCCCUCUUCUCUGUCUUGUCCUUUUGUUUCUGUAUCUCUCACUUUCCAGUUAAUAAGGACUACAUCUUUCAAAAAUAAUAUUCUAAAUGUUAUAUAAAACCCAUACCCUCCAAUUCUAACCCUGGGAUCACUGACCUCUGAGCGAGUGUUGUGUGUGUGUGUGGUGUCUUCCCACUGGAACAGGUGCAGCAUGGGAGCAGGAGUUGGAUUUCACUCUGCACUAAGUCCCCAGCACCACCUGCCACCUCUCAUAGAAGGUGCUUAGAACAUAGUCAUGACAUGAAUGGGAUGUAAAGUGAGAACCAGGCAAUGUUUCUGAAUGUGUGUUUUACUGGGUUAUAUGUUUUGUUAUAUUUGUACCUUAACCUUACUGAAAAUAUCAUAUCUAAAACAAACUGAAACCAAAAGGUCUUUGUGCUUAAACUUAAUAAACUGUUAUGUGCUAAA